UUGGGGAGCUCGGGGUCGGGGCGCUGGGGAGCCCAGUACCUCGGAACUCCAGAAGGCGGCGGGGAGCAGAGGAAACGUUUUCUUCUCUAUUUGCUGAGAAUAGUGCAUCUCUCCAAGCCCAUUCCCACUGCUCUCGAGCUGCCGGCCGUGGGGAAGAAUGGCGGUGAGCCACUCGGUGAAGGAGCGGACCAUCUCGGAGAACAGCCUGAUCAUCCUGCUGCAGGGUCUCCAGGGCCAGGUAACCACGGUGGACCUGCGGGAUGAGAGCGUGGCCCGGGGACGCAUAGACAAUGUCGAUGCUUUCAUGAACAUCCGCCUGGCUAACGUCACCUACACUGACCGCUGGGGGCAUCAGGUCGAACUGGAUGACCUCUUCGUGACAGGCCGGAACGUCCGUUACGUCCACAUCCCAGAUGACGUGAACAUCACCGCCACCAUCGAGCAGCAGCUGCAGGUCAUCCAUCGGGUGCGCAACUUCGGCGGCAAGGGCCAGGGCCGGCGGGAAUUUCCCUCCAAGAAGUACAAAUGAGCCUGUCCCCUCAGCAAGCCCCAAGCCCCUCUCAGGUUCCUCCAGAGUUGUACUGAGCCAGCUGCCUGCUCUCCCUCCCUGCCCAGAACCUGGGGAGGGAGCGGGGCCAGCCCAGAAGCUGGUGUCUCUGACGGACACCACCUGUCACACUGCCUUUCAUAGGGUCCCACUUCCCAGACUCACCUCGGGACCCAGAAUUCUAUUUGUCUGUGGCCUUGGGGUAGGUGACAAACCUCCCUUUUGAUCAUUUGCAUCUCUGAUUUACUGAUUUAGGGAAUCUGUCAAAUAGUCUUCGGCCCUGUCUCACUGACUGUUAUUAAAUGUGCUCAGCCUGAGCCACCCCUAAGUGUCCACCGGUUUCUCUUGCAUUUGUGUUUGUUUUCUCAUAAAUCUAAAUUUGGAUACAAACAAGUCCAUGCCUCUUGCUUCCCCUGAUGUGUGCUGGGCUCCUUGGUGGUUCCGUGCAGUAAGGCGCUGGCUCUCAGACUUGGCUGCACAUUGAAAUCACCUGUCCCACCAUCAGCUAUAUUUGCAUGUAAUUGGUAUGGGGUGUGGCCUGGGCAUUGGGAUUUUUUUAAGUUCCCUGAUGGUACUAAUACCAGCAAAGUUUGAGGACUCUAGUAGGAGAGUCCUUCAGUCUGGUUAGGUGGAAAGUGGCUUUUCUGUUCCAAUUCCGUGUUCAAGGGGCUCUUAGUCUCACUGCUAUUUCCUGAGAUGGAGAGGCUGGAGUAAUCCUGGGCCCUCCCCUAGAGUGGGAGCUCAUCCAACAGCAGGAAAUCAGGCUCCGAUUCUGAGAGUUGUUGGGUCCUCAGGGAAGAAGGGGUUCUCAGGUUAGAACCCAGGUCUUCCUUGUUGCUGCCUUGCAGCCGCACCACCCCUGCCACCAGCAAACUACCAUCUCAGUGAAAGGAGCUGAGAUGGUGGAACCAGAUGUGGAACCAGAGAGUUUGUCUUUAUCAAAUAAACAUGCACAGAGCAGCUGCCGGGUGCCAGGCCUUCUGCUGAGCUCACGUUGUUGAAUGCAACUUGGUC